CCCACCUGGCAGUGUUUGCUCUCCUCCCUCCCGGAUCCCGGAUGAAAGGGCUGCCCUGCCCGUGCCCUGCCCUGCCCCAUUUCUGGCAGCUGGGGCCUGGCUUCAUGGCUGAGGGCUCCAGGACACGGACCCGGGGCAAAGGGCCCCCUCUUAGCGUCCAGCUCCUGCGAGCCCAGUAUGAAGGCCUGAGGAGGCAGCAGAGGGCCCAGGCCCACCUUGUGGUGCUCCCGAAAGGAGGGAACAUGCCUGCUUCUACUGAACCCGUGGUCAGUGCUGUUUGGAUUAACAAAGAGAGAAGGCGCUCCCUGUCCCUGGAGGAGGCAGCUCCGGAGGCAGAGGGGACGGUGGAGGAGGGUGACCAACACUGUCUUCAGGCCCCUGAGUCUCCGUGGCACACACACCUAGAGAUGCACUGUUUGGUCCAGACCUCGCCCCAGGGAACCAGUCAUCAAGGGAAGCACAGGGGCAAGCUGGUGGCAUCUGACCAAAGGCUCCCCCUGGAAGGAGACACACAUUUGUUUGGAAACAACUGCAUAAAUCAGCAAGGAACCACAAUCCCAGAGGCAGCCCAGCAUCAAUGUCAGGUGGGCAAUACUCAAACAAAGGCAGUGGGAUCCGGCUUAAAAUUCAGCAUUCCCGGUCCUCCCUCCAUAAGGCAGCCACACAGGUCUGGCAAAUCAGCUCACUAUCCAUUUCCCCAGCGGAAAACUCCCAGGAUCUCCCAAGCUGCCCGGAACCUGGGCUUAUAUGGCCCAGCAUGAAGCUUUCUACCCAGCCAGGUGUCUUGGCCUUGAGGGCCUCAUCAAAGAACAGAGGAGGCAGAGCCAGAACUAGAGCCUCCAGCUAUGAGCAAGAACUGGACUAACUCAUUGCAGGAACUGUGAGAAAUGAACUUCACAGUGGAAACAUGGUCUUGCCCUUCAAAAAAAAAAAGAGAUUGCCCAGGCCAGGUUGCUCACAGUUCAGGGUGAAAGUGUACUAUCUGAUCAGUGCAACCCCAUUCUGCUGAUACGAGAAGAGGACAUUGCAGUGGAGCUUUGGAUGAACAUUCCUUGGGGAGGCCCAGCAGGACUUCUACUCUGCCCCUGGAAUUGGAGAAUUUUGAGACAUAAAGCAGAGACUCUAGUGGAUGCAAUGCCUUAGCAAUGCCCAUGGGUCAAUGGGCAUGGGUGAUCUUGUAUUCAGUAUCUUCUGAUGAUGUCUCACAUAUUCUGGAGGAGAUGAGCUCUGAGAAUUCAGAACGUUGUUCUUGUUGCUGUGCCGGGGGCCAUCCCACUUAAAAGCCACUACAUGUAUUGGUAGUAACCACACAAGUUCAGCUUGAGCUCCCCAAAGUAUGGCCACCCUGAGUAAAGAGGGUCAGAUCAAUGCCACCUACCAUAUCGUGUCUUUAAGAGGUCUUUAGGAAGAGUUGAUCAUCUGUCACCUCUCACUAAGACUGCACCUUCUAGCCUCAUCACAGAUUUCCUCCCUCCCUCCCUUCCUUCCUUUUACCUUUCUUCCUUCUCCUUCUCUCUCCAAAUUAACUUCUUAUUAAAAACUCCCAGUUCUGAUGCGUUGGGAGUGAUGAAUAAAAUAAGAAAUAAAAUCCUUCCAAUCACUGAAGAUAUAUAGUGAUGGGAGCCUGAGCAAAAAGAGACAAAUAUUCCUGCUUGGAAAAUACAUAUUCCCCACCAACCGCCCCCUUUUCAGCCUAUCUUGAAUCACUCAGAUCCUUCCUGGGAUCAAAUAUACAUUUCUAAAUCCAAGACAAAGUGAAGCAGGUGUUACUUGGGAGAUAGGGAAGAAAGAAUUGUCUCUCUUGGUUCAUGUUUAACUUUAGUGCUGAUACACUAAAGUUAAACACACCUAAGGCCCCUUCUAUCAGAUUCCCUCUCUAUGAAGUUCCACCCACAUUUUUCUUUUUUCCCCACAGUGAUCUAGUCUUGCCCAUCCACAUCCAGAGUUGUAAACUAGGAGUGUCAUUCCCUGUCAAAACUGUAUAGGUGCUUGCUCCUUGGACCACCCAGAAAUUCACUCCAAUGUGAGAUUUCACUGUGAUUCCUCUUGCAAAUAAUUAAUAAGAUUUGGUUGUUGUUUUUUUAAUACUCUAAUGAAAAUCAAGAAAUUUUUUGCAAAAAUCUUUGUCCUUUGCAUUUGUUUAAAGAAGAUUCCCAGAAGUAACCUUUCUUUCCACAGUCUAAUCUUUUUCUCUUCGUUGUUUCAAAGGCUACUGCAGGUCUGGCAACAGGUGCCAGGCACCUGUAUCCUGCAUACGAAGUGACGGAGAAUGCAUGGGCCGUGGAGUUAGCAGACCUGGGCUUCAGGUCUGAUUGAGGCCAAGUUACUUAAUCUGGGCUUUGAUUUCAUCAUCUGUGAAAUGAAAUAGAUAAUGCGCCCUUUUGAAAGGAUUGGAAAUGAUAUGUGUAAGUUCCUGGCACUCUCAGUAAUGGGCAGCAAUCAUUAUUUUUAAAAGUUCAUUACCUCUCCCCCUUCACCUGUCACUCAGCCAUUGGCCCCUUACAACCUGCUUCUACGCCCACGAAGAUUGAAGAUCACUAACCACCUCCUCCUCUCCAAAUUCAAUGGCUUUUUCUGGUCUUCCCUCUCUUUUCUCCCUCCAGCAUUCAUGACUGCUACCAUGGACGCCCUGUGCCUUCUUCUCCCACUCCUUGUUGAGUUUUGGGAUCUCUCAGUCUAUGAGCUCCUUUAAGUCAAGGGGUUUGUCUGAUGUGUCUUAUUGCCCCAGCAGUUAGACUAAGUGGGCACAUAGAAUGCUCCGUAAAUGCUGAUCAAGUGAAUGAGUUAGAAAAUGAGUGCCCCAUCCCUUUCUUUUACUCCCACCCAGCAGCCUAAGUCUGCCCUCUCCCCUUUAUUUAUAGACUUUUCCAGGUCCAGAUUUGGACUUCUUAUUUUUCCUCUAAUGUAUUCUCUCUUAGGAAACACAGAAAAGCAGAACCAUGAGUUGAGGUAAGAACCUGCCAGGCAGAGGGCACGAGAUGUACAACGACUCUGACAAACAAAAGAUCCUGGUGUGUUUCAAGGGUUGGAAGAAGGCCAGUGGGAUUCAAACACAGUCUCCAAGGGAGACCAGCAGAUGCUAAGGCCGUGCAUCCAUCUUUAUAGGCUAUGGUUUGCUCCAGUAAGAAAUAACCCCCAAAUCUCACAACAGAAGCUUAUUUUUCACUUAUAAAAAGUCCAUUGUGGAACUGGGAAAAUUUCCAGGGCAGCAAUUCAGCUUCCUCAUCUUAUCCACAAUCUCACGGCACCACCAUAUCGAUACUUGUUUCUGAGUCGCAGGAGAAGAGAGUGCGUUAAUAGUCACAUACUUGCUCUCAGAUCACUUUUGCUCUCCCUGUUUGAUUGUCCAAAGCCAGUCACACGGUCACAGAGUGUGACUUUAUACUGAGAGUGUGACGUCAUGGCUUCUUCAAGGGUAUGAAGAAGUACAAUCGUGCCAUGUGCCCGUACAGCUGCGUGGCAUCACUGGCUAGCACAGGCAGGCAGGCCAGGUUACAGAGGGCAUUGCACAAUAUUCCAUGUCAUUCUGAAUACAGUGAGCAGCCAUGGAGGGGCUUACAUAGGAGACAAAAGUGAUUUGAUUUGCAGUUUAAUCAAAUGACCCUAAUUGUUUCAUAGAGGAUGAGUUGAGGUCAAGUUAGGAGGCAAUGUCAGGAAAGCAGUGGCCAGGGCAAGUUCAGUGGGAGAGUCGCUGUUAGCUCAAGCAAGGGUGGGAACAGAAGAGAUGGAGAGAAAAGGGAUACAUUUGACAUAUAUUUUGCAGUUAGAAUUACUAGGAUUUGUUGACGGAAAACUGUAAGUUCAGUUUGAAGGAUAUUGAGUUUCAGAUGCCUGUGAGAUACAAAUGAAAACAUCUAGCAGGUGAGUGGGUAUAUGAGACUCUAGGUUUGGGGCUAAGGGUGUAAACUUAGGGGCCAUCGGUAUGUGGAGGCACUUAAACGAAUGAGAAAGGGUAAGUUCACCUAUGCAGGCCACAGAGAGAAGACAGGGUCCAGAACGAGUCCUGAAAACUCCCUAUAUACUUAGGAGAAAAAUCCCAAAGGAUUUUUUUAAUCCUUUGUUAGAUAAGGCGGGGCUGGGGGAGGAGGAGCCAGGGAAGGGCGCGGAGAAGGAGUGACUGAAGGGAGAGGAGAGCCAGGAGCGAGUGAGGUCACAGACAGAACUCAAGGGGCAAGAGUUAGUGGGAGACACUGUGCAGGUCACUCCCCUAAUUGAAAUUCUUCAGCCUGGAGUUGCUUUUUCUUGCGCAUGGCUUUAAGAGGCUAGAGUCUAAGGGGCAAUGCUGAUUGUGUGCAAACUCUUCACCCAGGGGCAGGCAAAGUCAGAGUCAGCACAUGCAGGUCACAUCUGACUGAAGUCACCAAGGCUGGCUUGCGUCACCUUUGCCCUAAAGACCUGGCCUUCCCCUCAGGACUGGGUCACCCCCCAGCCGUGAAGGGGCUAAGGAUUGAGAGUUUGUUUCCUGGGCUUGGAGGAAAAGGCAGGGGAGAGGUGGAGCUUUGAAACCUCUCACUCCCGUCCCACAAGGCUACUCCUGCCAAGAGCCUUAGACUUGAACUGUCUCUUUCUCAAUCAUGCGCUUGUCCUCCUACCAACUGCGGGCUGUGGAACUUGCCCGGGGCAAAGGGCUCAGGUUAUUGCCAAGGCUGUCACCCCACCCAGACUCUGAUUUUCUUUCCUGUGCUGGUCAGGACUGGGGCUAACCUCUUUCCACACCCUACACAGUGUUAGCAGAAGAAGGUUUUCUCAAGGUCUGUAAGUCCUGCGUGGGGCAGGUCGCCUUUACCUGGGUCCCCAGCCUCCUGGCUCCCAGGGAGGACCCCCCUGGCAGAUGCGUCAGUCUCCAGUUUCAGCACCACCAUGGGUGGAUGGUGACCCUGGCAGAGUCACUUACCUCUCAGAGCCACAGAUUCCCCAGUUGUAACUGCAGGGACUGGUACCACCCUCACCACCCUCCCCCAGGUUGCAGGGGGAGCAUGGGCAGAGUGGUAAGGAGGGGAAAGAAAGAUGUUCCCCUUACUCUAGGAACAGAAAAGAGUGCCGGGCUUGGUGGCUCACGCCUGUAA